AUGAACCAUUAUCCUCCCCGCAUUGGGCCGCCUACGGGUGCGCCCAGCCAGCGCCUGAACGAGCUGUUGGACCAGAUCCGCGCCGAGUUCGAGACCGAAUCCAACCGCAGCGUGGAUUACGAAGGCCAAAUCACUCGUCAUAUCCAAGAAAUUGAGAUGAUCCGAGGCAAGGUGUACUCUCUGGAGCAGCAGCACGUCCAGGUCAAGGCAAAAUACGAAGAAGAGAUCGCCCGCCUGCAGCGCGAACUCGAGGCCCGCGGUGGCCCCAGCCAAAACUCGCAGCACCAUGGCCCCUCACAGCCGCCGCCUCCGUCGAUAGGACACGGACCCAGCAACUUGUUUGGCGGCAUCAUGGCUGGCAACAACCAAGGCGGUCCUGGUCUGGCGCCUCCUCCGCAAGAGGCCCCGCAGCCUGGCGGCCUUCCUCCUCACCUAGGCGGAGGCCCCCAAGGGCCGCCAGGCCCGAACCCCGCCCCAGGACCACCCCAACAUUUCGGCGGUUAUGGGUCGGGUCCCUCUAUGAAUGGUUACGGUCAGCCUCCGCAGCCCACCGCCUCGCCUGGUGGUAAGCGGCCCGGCCCUGGCCCACGCGGACCUCCUGGACCGGCUACUCCUCAGCAGAACAGCGCGGCUCCCUACCCCGGAUCACCCCAAGUGCCCCGCCCCACUCCUCCUCCACACCAGCAACAUCCCCUCGGUCCGCCGGGAGGAAUACCUCUUAGCCAGAGCAACAUCCUGGCUGACCUUGAUCUUGAGUCGCUACCAGCGAAUUUGAAGAAGGAGGAGCAAGAUUGGUUCGCCGUUUUCAACCCUCGCGCUCGGCGCGUGCUGGAUGUGGAAUUGGUCCACAACCUGCCCCACCAGAGUGUCGUCUGCUGUGUCAGGUUCAGCGCAGACGGUCGCUAUGUUGCCACUGGCUGCAAUCGCUCGGCUCAAAUUUUCGAUGUCGAGAGUGGAACGCCCAUUGCUCAUCUCCAGGAUACAAGCCUUCCUGAGGAUGGCGACCUUUACAUUCGCAGCGUCUGCUUCAGCCCCAAUGGCCAGUAUCUUGCUACUGGUGCCGAGGACAAGGUUAUCAGGGUUUGGGAUAUCGCAAGCCGCACUAUCAAGCAUCAGUUCACUGGUCACGAGCAGGAUAUUUAUUCGCUAGACUUUGCGAAGAAUGGCCGUAUCAUCGCCUCCGGAAGCGGCGAUAGGAGCGUGCGUCUCUGGGACUUGGAAACGAAUCAACAGGUGCUUAACUUGUCCAUUGAGGACGGUGUUACUACAGUCGCCAUCUCACCGGACAGCCGCUAUGUUGCUGCCGGUUCUCUCGACAAGAGUGUCCGUGUCUGGGAUAUCCACACUGGCAGCCUUGUUGUGCGUUUGGAGGGCGAGCAGGGCCACAAGGAUAGCGUGUAUAGUGUCGCGUUUGCUCCUUCUGGUGAUCGCUUGGUCAGUGGAAGUUUGGACAAGACGAUCAAGAUGUGGGAGUUGACGACUCCAUCUCGUCUCAUUCCAGGUGCUGCACCUGGCGGCAAGUGCAUCCGCACGUUCGAGGGCCACAAGGAUUUCGUUCUCAGUGUCGCAUUGACUCCGCAUGGCGACUGGGUUCUCAGUGGAUCCAAAGAUCGCGGCGUCCAGUUCUGGGAUCCUCAUACUGGCGUUGCCCAACUUAUGUUGCAAGGCCACAAGAAUUCGGUUAUCUCUGUCGCCCCCAGCCCGACGGGAGGCAUCUUCGCUACAGGCAGUGGUGACAUGCGUGCUCGCAUCUGGAAGUAA